GUCAGCUGAUUGAUAGAGAUUGGAAUAGGAGGGGUGACAGGGAGGAAGAGGAGGAGCCAGAGGAGGAAAAGCUGAGUCGAGUCUGUAAAUCCACGAUGAGCUGGCUCUGCUGCCGACAACAAGUGUUCACCAGAGAGAGAGGAUAAAACGAGGUUACUGUACAACACAGAGAGAGGGGGAGACGAGGUUACCACGGCAACUCAGGAGACGUGCUGCAGCAGCGAGGACAACAGGACACACAGGUUGAAGAGAUGUUGAUCAAGUGGAGGAUGGACCUGAUAAUUUAGUCCAACUCCCAAAAGACUUUUGAUAAAGAUGGCGACCAGAGGGCGGAGGGACUUUCUGUGGAAAUAACAAAGGCUCUGAGUUGCCAGCAUGUCUCAGGCAGGAAAAGUCCUCCACCUGUAUGUGGAGGUGAGGUCUGUAGCUGAUGGGGAAGAGAGGAUGCUGGAAAGAGGAGAUCAUGGAACUGGUCACCGCAUGCUUCAAUGCCCAGACAUCCUCCCUCUGUCUCAGAGGAGCUCCACCCACUCAAGUCCAAACCACAGCCCAGAUCUUUCUCCAGUCACCCAAACUAACGCUGAUUGUGGUAACCAGAGUGCACCCUCUUUAAAGACCUCCUCCAGGCACUCUGUCAGUUUUCAUCUCCAAAACCCAGACACAACAGGGUCUCCCACCCGGUACCAUCGACAGGAUGUGUUGUGUGAUGACUUAGCUCAGUUACUUCAGGUAAUUUCACCUGAAAGGUCUGGUCCUGGAUCACUGGGAUGCACACGUUCCUCUGACAUGGAUCACUACCAGGAAAGGGUGCUAAUCCCACCGUCAUCUAUCCCCUUGGGAAGGCUGUCUGUACCCUCCACACCCACCAGCAGCCGUAGAUCCUGUGAGGUCACAGGGGUGGGGAAUGAGGAGGGGAAAACAUCUGUGGUGAGCUUUGGCUAUGUAGAGAAAUCUAACGUUCACAGCAUGGGCAGCCGGAGUCCUUGUGUGUGCCAAACUGAGUCGGACAAUCCUUGUAAUAGGACAAAGGGGCAGCUGCUAAAUACCCACCUCUGUCAAAGGCUGAGUGACCCAACGUGGUACAAUGGCCAGUCGACACAGGGUGACCCUUUUCUUAAUCCCCCUUACCCAUCUCCACGGGAUUCGCCUCACUUAAAGAGGGCAACUGUGGAUGCAGUAGCCAGAGAUGCCACUCGCAGGGCUGUGGAGGAGUUUGGAUCCCCACAACUCAGACGGCAGUUUGCAGGCCACGGCCCAGAGGCUUACAGCCCCACUCUGCCACGGCACUACCAGCCUCCACGCUGCCGGUCCUUGGGGGGCUCACCAGUCUUUCCCCGGAACACCCUUACCCUGUCACCCAAGAUCCAACUCUUGGACCUGGACAGGGGAAUGUGUCGUAAUUCAUUGAAUGGAAUACCCAGAAGUCCAGCUUCUAACCACCUCUGUGCCCACACAGGAUUCUCCUCACCCUCAAUCACUCCAACCAGAACACUAAGCUCACAUAGCCUGCCUCACAGACAGCAAAGUCCUUGGUCAGGGGACGAGAGCACCAGAUUGUCCAGUAAAUUUCAUCCACCUUUACCUGCAGGAAGACCCACAGACAUCCAGCAUGAAAUCCCAAAUAGCAUUCCGUCAACCAUCAACCAGCCCAAGUUUGACUACCAAACAAGUACAAACUCCCACCUUUAUGUUAAAAGUAGCUAUUAUGCUGCAGAUGGUAAACAGCACAGUGCUUACAAAAACUCUGACGUUUCCAGCAACAGUCACCACAAACCUUUACGCUGCAGUAGCAGAACCAGUGAUGCAGUAAGUCCUUCCGUUGGAAGGAGAAGUGUCUCCCCGUCCUUAAAUCCUGAAGUGGCUUACAAGUUAGCGGUGGAGGCUACUAGACUGUCCACUAUUUUAGCAGACAGACGUACUCCCUCUCCAACUCCUUCUCAGGCUGAGUCACUAAGGUCAGAGAGUCCAAACACUGGAGGGUCUUUCCAAAGAGAAUCCCAACCAUAUACCGCUCUUCAAGUUCAACACUCCCCCGAACCUCUGCAGGAAGUUGACCAGAACCAUCAGUUAAAAACAGUGACCAGACAAGGACGUGUGUCUCCCCUCCCCCCCCACACAACCCUCCCUUCAUCAGCAUCUCCAGCUUUGCCAGCCAGGCUCCACCGAGCUGGAGCUUCUCAGUCACCUGUCCUAGACCCACGGCAGCAUUCACCAAGCCAAGUCAUGUCCAUCCUGCAUCGCCACCUGCCUCCACAGUACACUGGAGAUCGCAAAUCAGCUGGUGAGGAAUGGGGCCCAUAUGAUAACCUUUCAGAUAGAUCAUCUUGGGACAAUCAUGAACUCCCCAACAGACUUCUCUCAAGCCAAAAGACGGAUGCUUGGCCUAUGAGCUGGACCUCCAGGCAACAGGACUGCAGGGAAGUUGGACCUGUCUUCUACAAUCCAAGCAAAGAGGAGAAACAUAGGAAGGACAGGGAAGACGAAGGAGUUAUGACGUCAAUGCAGGGGAACCAGAGGUCAGAGCUGAGGGAGGAGUUUCAGGACCAUAGCAGGGCUGCUGUCACCUCCUCUCAGAGCUCCAGUGGAGUGACGGGCAGCAUUGGAGACAGUUCUCAGCUUUUUCCCGAAACGUUGAGCCAGUCCAGCCACGAUACAGCAGACACUGGCUCCGGAAUACAGACGGACAGCGGCUCGGCGCCGACUCUGUCCUCGCGGUCACAGAAAAUCGCCAGAGCAAAGUGGGAGUUCCUGUUCGGCAGAAAGACAGAGGAGGAUCACUGCAGUAAAGAUACCUCACCCACCAGCUCGCCCAGCCCCACCCCUCCCUCCUCCUCUUCCUCCUCCUCCUCACACUGGAAGCCAGCCAAUCAGAGGAGGGGGCGGGAAGGCGAAGAACGGAAGCUGUCGCAUCAUAAAGUGCAACAGAUUGAGGUGGAGCUGGUUAGUCCAAACCUCCGAGGUGUCAACCCCAAGACUGGCGUCAUCCGCCGCACCAUUAAAUACUCUGAGACGGAUCUGGACGCGGUUCCGCUGCGCUGCUACAGGGAGACCGACCUGGACGAGGUGGUGAUGCGGGCGGAGGCAGAGGAGGUGGAGGUGGAGGUGGAUUCAGCCUUUGGCAGCCACCGCGGUGUUCUGGGAAACUGCAGCUUCAGUCCGACUGAAGUCUCCCCAAAACCUCGUACAGGUGGAGGGAGGGAGGGAGAUGAGGAGGAGGAGGAGGAUGAGGAGGAAGAGGAGGAAGGAGUGGUCAGCUGGGCCAGUGUCAGGAUGCUGGGAGACAAACAGAGACAACGAGCUGCCAAAGAAGAAGACGAGGUGUUCAGUCUGCUGCUGAAGGGGUCGUCAGAGGUGUCCUGCGACGUCAACAGUGGCCUCAAGUCUCCGAUUUCUAUUGGCAGCCCUCGCCUGCCCUCCGAUAGCAACAUGGAUUCCUUCAGCCGCCAUUUUGAAAACAUCAUGGAAUCUCACCGCGCCAAAGGAACCUCGUACAGCAGCCUGGACAGUGUUGACCUUUUGACCUCUGGAUCCACAUCCGUGUUUACCUUUGACUUGCCGACCCUCACCCCAGAGAUCCAGAGUCAAAUUUGUGACAGUGCCAAACAGAUCAUCGAGCUGAGCUUCGCCCCGCUGGCCCGUCCAGAUCCAGCCGCUUCCUCUGAGACAUCGCGUUCCGAAAUCGCCCUCAGCGCCUCAGUGGGCAGGCUCCGGGGCGGGGCCAAAGAAAUCUCCAGCCCUCCGGUGCGGACCAGGUCAGAGAAGGACUCGUGGCGUCGCUCCAACAACAAAGAUGGUUUCAGAAAGACGAACUCGGCACCGUCGCUCCACAGCAGCCCCAGAGAGCGACAGGUGAACUGCCCUCCAGAGCUUCUGUACCCUCAGGCUGACGUAGCGGAGCGACUAGCGCACGGCGGCAGCGACGACGCCCUGACUAAUGGCACGAAGGCCGACCUGCCGGCGGCCAAACGUCUCGCCAAGCGUCUGUAUCACCUGGACGGGUUCAGGAAGUCUGACGUCGCCCGACACCUCAGCAAGAAUAAUGAGUUCAGUCAGAAGGUGGCGCAGGAGUAUCUGCGAAACUUUAACUUCAGCGGUCUGACCAUCGACCAGGCGCUGAGGUUGUUCCUCAGCCAGUUUGCUCUGAUGGGAGAAACUCAGGAGAGAGAGAGAGUGCUGAGUCAUUUCUCCAAGAGAUACAGAGAGUGUAACAGUACUGACAACACUGAAGACAGUGUCCACACGUUGACCUGUGCCGUCAUGCUGCUGAACUCUGAUCUCCAUGGAAACGUGACGGGGAAGAGAAUGUCCUGCAGUCAGUUUGUCUCCAACCUGGAAGGACUCAACGAUGGAAGAGACUUUCCUAAAGAUCUGCUGAAGACUCUCUACAGCUCCAUCAAGAACGAGAAGCUGCAGUGGACCAUUGAUGAAGAGGAGCUGAGGAACUCCAUGUCGGAGCUGGCCGACGUCCGAACAGACUCCGCCUCCCACACCAUGAAACGACUGGGGAGUGGAGGCAACCCGCUGGUGGGCGUCGCCCAGCAGGCCGACGGCGAGCUCUACAAGAACGGCUUCCUGGUCCGAAAAGUCCACGCUGAUCCUGACGGGAAGAGAACGCCGCGGGGGAAAAGAGGCUGGAAGUCUUUCUAUGCCAUGUUGAAGGGUCUGGUUCUUUACCUCUGCUCUAUGAUUGGACAGGACGAGUAUCGGACAGAGCGGGAGUUGACGGAGGAGGACGUGAGGAACGCCGUGUCCAUACAUCACUCCCUCGCCAUGAGAGCGGUGGACUACAGGAAGAGACCCAACGUCUUCUACCUGAGGACGGCCGACUGGAGGGUCUUCCUGUUCCAGGCGCCAAACCCUGAACAGAUGCAGUCCUGGAUCACACGCAUCAACGUGGUGGCGGCCAUGUUUUCAGCUCCGCCCUUCCCCGCAGCGAUUGGCUCUCAGAAGAGGUUCAGUCGCCCCCUGCUGCCGGGAUCCAACACCAAACUAUCGCAGGAUGAGCAGGUCAAAUGUCACGAGAACCGCUUCAGGGCGGUUUCCUCCGAGCUCGCUGACCUCCUGACCGCCUCUCCAGACCGUAAGGUCAAAGGUCGUGAGCUGGAGGAACACAACCUCCGUCAGGAGUACCUGGAAUUUGAGAAAACUCGUUACGGUACGUACGCCAUGCUGCUCAGAGCCAAACUGGCGAGCGGAGACGAGGACCUGGUGACCUUCGAGUCCCGCCUGUUCGACGACGGCGGCCUGCAGAGGGCGCACUCCAGUCCCACGCUGCCUCAGGACACCGCCGGCAAGGACAAGACCCGCGGACACAAGACGUCAAAGAGCCUGAAGGUCACGUCGUCUUCGUCGUCCUCGACGAUGAAGAGUGGCGAGGACAGUGGCGAGGACGCGAAGAAGAAGAACGGCAAUGACGCACAGCUAGAGCUGCACGCGCAGAGCAAACAGGAGGGGGCGCCAUGAGACGCCGCCACAGAGCACACAGGCUGACACCCUCUUUAAACCUUUUCUGUUAUUCCUCAGGUGGAUCCUGAUUGGCUGAGCCAGCAUGAGGCGUUUGAGGUCGUAGGAGAGAAGACGCUUGAUUUCCUGUUACCUUUCAUUUCAGGGACUUUCAGGAAGUGACAGAGUGUAAAAAAAAAUGAGUCAACGUUUAGUUUUACUCCAGAACCUUUCCAGGACAUUCCAGAACCUUUCCAGGACAUUCCAGGACCUCUCCAGGAGGACUUGUUGUAGGUACUUAAAUGUCAGAGCGACGCACACUGACCUCCUGUUUCAUCACCGUCACUCAUUCUCCUAGCAACCGACGGGGAGCAGGUUACCAUGACAACCACAUAUGACAGAUGUGGGAGUGUUGCUGCGGUAACUGGGGUGG